AUGACAGACCUCUUGAGAAGUGUUGUUACUGUCAUUGAUAUUUUCUACAAAUACACAAAGCAAGAUGGCGAGUGUGGUACACUGAGUAAGGAAGAACUAAAGGAACUUCUGGAGAAAGAGUUCCGUCCAAUUCUGAAGAACCCAGAUGAUCCAGAUACAGUGGAUGUCAUCAUGCACAUGCUGGAUCGAGAUCAUGACCGAAGAUUGGACUUUACCGAGUUUCUUCUGAUGGUAUUCAAGCUGGCUAUGGCCUGCAACAAGGUUCUCAGCAAACAAUACUGCAAAGCUUCAGGGUCAAAGAAGCAUAAGCACGGUCACCGACUCCAAGAAGAAAGUGAAACAGAAGAAGAAGAGCAUAUACCCGGACAGAAAUCAGGUUACAGGCGUUCAAGUUGGAAUGAGGGAGAAGAGCAUGGAUUUAAUUCUAGGGGCUCAAGGGGAACUGUGAAACAUAGACAUGGGUCUAGCUCCAGGAGGUUUGGAAGGCAAAGUGAUUUAUCUAGCUCAGGGAAUCAAGUGGGAUCCGAGAAAAGACAUAAUCAAUCUGAUUACUCAUGGAGUACUGGCAAAGAGAGACAUGGUUCCAGCACUGGAGAACCAGAGGAAAGAAGAAACAAAUCAUAUGUUAGCCCCUCUAGAAAAUCUUGGGAAAGAUAUGAAUCUGAGUCUAGAUCUAAGAGUCAGGGAAAAGAAGAUCAUGGUGGUCUGUCACAUGGAUUGGAGACUACUGGGCAUAAUUCAAAUUCUACCCAGUCAAGAAGUGGGGAUGAUCAGAAGCAUAGAUCUAGCUCUGUGGGUUCAAGAAAUAGUAAGAGGCAAAGUCAUUCAUGUGGUUACACCAGUUCAGGUGGAUGUGGAAGGCCACAAAAUGCUUCUAGUUCUUAUCAUGCAAAUAGAUCUGGAGAGCAAAAAAAUCAGUCCACCUGUACACAGUCAGGUUAUCAAUCAGGAAGUAGUGGAAGACAAGGCUAUGGAUGUGUCUCAGGAAGUCAGUCCUCUGGAUAUUGUCAUCAUGAGCCUAAUUACUGUGGUCAGUCUUCUAGUCAGAGAGAAUAUGAAUCUAGAGAAUGUGGUCAAUCACAGACCUGUGGAAGACAACAAGCAACAAGAUCAAGUCAAUCUUCUUGUUGUAGGCAAUAUGGAUCUGGGGCAAGUCAGUCUUCUAGUUAUGAUCAACAUGGAUAUGGUUCCUGUGGACACUCUUCAAAUUCUCAGACAAAAGGGUCUGGAUCAAGUGAAUUUUCUAAAUGUGGCCAACAUGGGUCUAGGUCAAGUCAGUGUUGUAGCUAUGAACAACAUAAAAGAGGUUCAAGUCAGCCUUGUGGUUUUCAGCAACAUGGGACCAGUUCAAGUCAGUCUUGCUGUGGCCAACAUAGAUAUGGAUCAAGUCAGCACAAUGGUAAUGGCCAGUAUGGGUCUAGCUCAGGUCAAUGUUCUGGCUUUGAACAUCAUAGGUCAGGUUCAGGUCAAUCCUCUAGAUGUGGACAACAUGGAUCAGGCUCAGGCCAGUCCUCUGGUUUUGGACAACAUAGUUCAGGUUCAGGUCAAUCCUCUAGCUAUGAACAACAUGGAUCAGGCUCAAGUAAUUCUACUGGCUAUGGUGAACAUGGGUCAUGCUCAGGUCAGUCCUCUGGCUAUGGCCAACAUGGAUCAGGCUUAGGUCAGUCCUCUGGCUUUGGACAACACGGUUCUGGCUCAAGUCAUUCCUCUGGCUAUGGUCAACAUGGAUCCGGUUCAGGAGAACCAUCUGGCUACGGCCAACAUGAGACUGGCACAGGCCAUUUCUCUGGAUCUGGACAACAUGAGUCAGGCUCAGGUCAGUCCUCUGGCUUUGGACAGCAUGGGGCUAGUUCAAGUCAGUCUUCUGGUUAUGGUCAACAUGGGUCAGGAUCGGGUCAGUCUUCUGGAUUUGGACAACAUGGGUCUAGCUCAGGUCAGUCCUCUGGCUUUGGACAACAUGGUUCUGGAUCAAGUCAUUCCUCUGGCUAUGGUCAACAUGAGUCAGGAUCGGGUCAGUCUUCUGGGUUUGGACAACAUGGGUCUAGCUCAGGUCAGUCCUCUGGCUUUGGACAACAUGGUUCUGGAUCAAGUCAUUCCUCUGGCUAUGGUCAACAUGAGUCAGGAUCGGGUCAGUCUUCUGGAUUUGGACAACAUGGAUCUAGUUCAGGUCGGUCCUCUGGCUUUGGACAACACGGUUCUGGCUCAAGUCAUUCCUCUGGCUAUGGUCAACAUGAGUCAGGCUCAGGCCAGCCCUCUGGCUGUGGACAACAUAGUUCAGGUUCAAGUCAUUACUCUGGCUAUGGCCAACAUGGAUCUAGGUCAGGAUCCGGUUCAGGAGAACCAUCUGGCUACGGCCAACAUGAGACUGGCACAGGCCAUUUCUCUGGAUCUGGACAACAUGAGUCAGGCUCAGGUCAGUCCUCUGGCUUUGGACAACACGGUUCUGGCUCAAGUCAUUCCUCUGGCUAUGGCCAACAUGGAUCUAGGUCAGGAAGACCAUCUGGCUAUGGUCAACAUGAGACUGGCACAGGCCAUUUCUCUGGAUCUGGACAACAUGAGUCAGGCUCAGGUCAGUCCUCUGGCUUUGGACAACACGGUUCUGGCUCAAGUCAUUCCUCUGGCUAUGGCCAACAUGGAUCUAGGUCAGGAAGACCAUCUGGCUAUGGUCAACAUGAGACUGGCACAGGCCAUUUCUCUGGAUCUGGACAACAUGAGUCAGGCUCAGGUCAGUCCUCUGGCUUUGGACAACACGGUUCUGGCUCAAGUCAUUCCUCUGGCUAUGGCCAACAUGGAUCUAGGUCAGGAAGACCAUCUGGCUAUGGUCAACAUGAGACUGGCACAGGCCAUUUCUCUGGAUCUGGACAACAUGAGUCAGGCUCAGGUCAGUCCUCUGGCUUUGGACAACACGGUUCUGGCUCAAGUCAUUCCUCUGGCUAUGGCCAACAUGGAUCUAGGUCAGGAAGACCAUCUGGCUAUGGUCAACAUGAGACUGGCACAGGCCAUUUCUCUGGAUCUGGACAACAUGAGUCAGGCUCAGGUCAGUCCUCUGGCUUUGGACAACACGGUUCUGGCUCAAGUCAUUCCUCUGGCUAUGGCCAACAUGGAUCUAGGUCAGGAAGACCAUCUGGCUAUGGUCAACAUGAGACUGGCACAGGCCAUUUCUCUGGAUCUGGACAACAUGAGUCAGGCUCAGGUCAGUCCUCUGGCUUUGGACAACACGGUUCUGGCUCAAGUCAUUCCUCUGGCUAUGGCCAACAUGGAUCUAGGUCAGGAAGACCAUCUGGCUAUGGUCAACAUGAGACUGGCACAGGCCAUUUCUCUGGAUCUGGACAACAUGAGUCAGGCUCAGGUCAGUCCUCUGGCUUUGGACAACACGGUUCUGGCUCAAGUCAUUCCUCUGGCUAUGGCCAACAUGGAUCUAGGUCAGGAAGACCAUCUGGCUAUGGUCAACAUGAGACUGGCACAGGCCAUUUCUCUGGAUCUGGACAACAUGAGUCAGGCUCAGGUCAGUCCUCUGGCUUUGGACAACACGGUUCUGGCUCAAGUCAUUCCUCUGGCUAUGGCCAACAUGGAUCUAGGUCAGGAAGACCAUCUGGCUAUGGUCAACAUGAGACUGGCACAGGCCAUUUCUCUGGAUCUGGACAACAUGAGUCAGGCUCAGGUCAGUCCUCUGGCUUUGGACAACACGGUUCUGGCUCAAGUCAUUCCUCUGGCUAUGGCCAACAUGGAUCUAGGUCAGGAAGACCAUCUGGCUAUGGUCAACAUGAGACUGGCACAGGCCAUUUCUCUGGAUCUGGACAACAUGAGUCAGGCUCAGGUCAGUCCUCUGGCUUUGGACAACACGGUUCUGGCUCAAGUCAUUCCUCUGGCUAUGGCCAACAUGGAUCUAGGUCAGGAAGACCAUCUGGCUAUGGUCAACAUGAGACUGGCACAGGCCAUUUCUCUGGAUCUGGACAACAUGAGUCAGGCUCAGGUCAGUCCUCUGGCUUUGGACAACACGGUUCUGGCUCAAGUCAUUCCUCUGGCUAUGGCCAACAUGGAUCUAGGUCAGGAAGACCAUCUGGCUAUGGUCAACAUGAGACUGGCACAGGCCAUUUCUCUGGAUCUGGACAACAUGAGUCAGGCUCAGGUCAGUCCUCUGGCUUUGGACAACACGGUUCUGGCUCAAGUCAUUCCUCUGGCUAUGGCCAACAUGGAUCUAGGUCAGGAAGACCAUCUGGCUAUGGUCAACAUGAGACUGGCACAGGCCAUUUCUCUGGAUCUGGACAACAUGAGUCAGGCUCAGGUCAGUCCUCUGGCUUUGGACAACACGGUUCUGGCUCAAGUCAUUCCUCUGGCUAUGGCCAACAUGGAUCUAGGUCAGGAAGACCAUCUGGCUAUGGUCAACAUGAGACUGGCACAGGCCAUUUCUCUGGAUCUGGACAACAUGAGUCAGGCUCAGGUCAGUCCUCUGGCUUUGGACAGCAUGGGGCUAGUUCAAGUCAGUCUUCUGGUUAUGGUCAACAUGGGUCAGGAUCGGGUCAGUCUUCUGGGUUUGGACAACAUGGGUCUAGCUCAGGUCAGUCCUCUGGCUUUGGACAACAUGGAUCUAGCUCAAGAGGACCAUCUGGCUAUGGCCAACAUGAGUCUGGCACAGGCCAUUCCUCUGGAUUUGGACAACAUGAAUCAGGCUCAGGUCAGUCCUCAGGCUUUGGACAGCAUGGAGCUAGCUCAAAUCAUUCUGCUGGUUACGGUCAACAUGAGUCAGGAUCGGGUCAGUCUUCUGGAUUUGGACAACAUGGAUCUAGUUCAGGUCGGUCCUCUGGCUUUGGACAACAUGGUUCUGGCUCAAGUCAUUCCUCUGGCUAUGGCCAACAUGGAUCUAGCUCAAGAGGACCAUCUGGCUAUGGCCAACAUGAGACUGGCACAGGCCAUCCCUCUGGAUCUGGACAACAUAAAUCAGGUUCAUGUCAUUCCUCUGAGUUUGGACAGCAUGGGGCUAGUUCAAGUCAAUCUACUGGUUAUGGUCAACAUAGGUCAGGAUCGUGUCAGUCUUCUGGAUUUGGACAGCAUGAGUCCAGUUCAGGUCAGUCUUCUGGCUUUGAACAAUGUGGUUCUGGCUCAAGUCACUCCUCUGGUUAUGGCCAACAUGCAUCUAGCUCAGAAGAACGAUCUGGCAAUAGACAACAUGAGAAUGGCACAGGCCAUUUCUCUGGAUCUGGACAACAUGAAUCAAGCUCGGGUCAAUCCUCUGGCUUUGGACAGUAUGGAACUGGUUCAAGCCAACCCCAUGGCUACGACCAACAUGGAUCAGAAUCAGGUACGUCAUCUGAAUUUGGUCAGCAUGAGGCAAACUCAGGUCAGUCUUUCGGCUUUGGACAUCAGAAGUCAGGCUCAAGGCAAUCCACUGGCUUUAGACAUUACGGUUCAGGCUCAAGUCAGGCCUCUACCAAUGGCCACAGUGAAUCUGGCACAGGUCAAUCACAUGGUUUUCCACAUGACUCAGGCUCAAGUAGGUUAUCAGGCUGUAACCAGCAUAGGUCAAACAGGGCACGGUCUGGUGAAACUGUAACAAGGGGUUCUACUCACAGCCAAACGAGUGAUAAUGAAGAGCAUUCAGGAGCAUCACACAGACACUCAGGAAACACUCAUAGUCAGGCUGGAUCUCAACAUGCAGAGACAGGAUACACGGAACAAGGUAGACAAGGAACUACACAUAGGCAGUCAAGGGAUAACACUAGACAUGGCCAGUCCGGCCAUGACCAACCAACAUGGACAGGCUCGAGUACAACUGGAAGAAGGGGAUCUAGUGACAGCCAGACCAGUGACAGCGAAGGGCACUCAGGAGUCUCACACGAACAGUCAGGACACAUUCAUAGUCAGGCUGGAUCUCACCAUGCAGAGACAGGAUCCAUUGAACAGGGGAGACAAGGUACUACUCAUUGGCAGUCAAGAGAUACCACUAGACAUGGCCACUCUGGUCAUGAACAACCCACAUGGACAGGCUCGAGAACAACAGGAACAAGGGGAUCUGGUCACAGCCAGACCAGUGACAGUGAAGAGCACGCUGGAUCUCAUCAUGCACGGACAGGAUCCAGUGAACAGGGGAGACAAGGUACUACUCAUUGGCAGUCAAGAGAUACCACUAGACAUGGCCACUCUGGUCAUGAACAACCCACAUGGACAGGGUCGACUACAACAGGAACAAGGGGAUCUAGUCACAGCCAGACCAGUGACAGUGAAGAGCACUCAGGAGUCUCACAUGAAUCUAGUUUAGCUAGACGUCCAGUAUCCUACAGUUCCCGUGAAGAUCGUUCAGAAGACUGCGGAAAACAGACUCAUGAACAAUCAGAAACUGGGAGUGGAAAAGCAAUGUUUCAUGAAAAAGGUAUGCAUAGAUCAAUCCAGCAGCAUUCAGAAGAUACAACGCUUCAUGGGCAGGUUCACAUAGAUUGUCAAAAGAUGUCUACCCUCAUGGAAAACAUCAUUGGCAUCAUUGACACUUUCAACCAAUAUUCAAAAAACGAUAAAGAGACUGACACAUUGAGCAAAAAAGAGCUGAAGGAACUUCUGGAAGGGGAGUUUCAGUCAAUCCUUAAGAAUCCGGAUGACCCAGAUACAGCUGAUGUCUUCAUGCAUAUCCUAGAUAUUGACCACAAUAAAAAAAUAGAUUUUAGUGAAUUCCUUCUGAUGGUAUUCAAGUUGGCUCAAGCAUACUAUGAAACUACCAAAAGACAGAAGAUAUCAAAAUCACGACCAACAAAGAAGAGGCACAGUCACCAUGACCAAAAUGAACAAGACAAGACAGAAGAGGAGGCAAAAGAAGAAAAACAAAAAAGAAUCAGAAAAGGUGAUGAAAAGAGUAGGCGAAGAAGUAAGAGUCCAAGUGGAAGAGAAAGAAAAAGGCAUGGGUUGACAACUGGAGGUCAAAGGUCCUCCAGGUCUUCAAUUGAAAGAGAUGAAAAACAAGAUGGUAAAGUACAAGAAAAGCCAAGUGAGAAACAAAGGAAGAGGUCUCGCUCAACAGAAAAAGAUACAGAAAUACAAAAUAAUAAAUACCAGAACAAUUCACUAGAAGAAAGUCAAAAAAUAUCAUCGCAAGAAAACAAUUCAAAAUAUUCCCAAUCACGUGAAAGAGAACCAUCCUCAGGAUAUAGAAGAAAGGCACACAAGAAAUUAAGUAACACAGAGAACAGUGAUAGUGAAAGACAAUCAGAAGGCUCAAGCAGACAAUCCACAGUGACCCAGGGAAGGUCUGGGUCCACUUCACGGAACCAGCAUGAUUCUACCCAUGGCCAGUCAGGAGAAAGUUCUAGGCACUUAGGGUCCCACCAAGGGCAGACGAGCACACACACACAGUCUGACUCUGCUCGUGGACACUCAGGAUCCAGCACAAGGGGAAGUCGAGGCAGCCGUCAGGAGCAGUCAGGAGACAGCUCCAGACACUCAGGAUCUGGAAGAGGAACAACCUCAUCAGCAUCCAGUGAGCGCAGGCAUCGGGACUCCACCGUUAGUCAAACCAGCGACAGUGAAGGGCAGUCAGAAGACUCAGAUGGUCAGUCAGUGUCAGCCCAAGGACAGACUCGGGGCACCCAGCGAGGCCAACGAGAGUCUGGACACGGCCGGUCGGGGGAGAGGACAGGACACUCAGAAUCCCACCUGUACCAGAUAUACCCUGAGGAACAGUCACAAUCUGCCCAAAGACAGUCCCGAUCAGGCACGAGAACAACACAAGGAUCCCACCACGAGCAGGCACCAGACAGCUCCAGGCAUUCGUGGUCUCAUGAAGAAGAACAGGGGGACCCAGUCAUGGGCAGGAAAGAGACAGCUCCAGACGUGCGCAGUCCCACGAGGGCCAGACCUCCAGAGGCAGACAUUCUGACGCCUCCCAUGGACACGCCGGAUCCGGUGCUAGAGGAACACAUGGAUCCCAGGAAAGAGACAGCACAGGACACUCAUGGUCUCACGAGGGUCAGACCAUCAGUGGCAGACAGACUGACUCCUCCCAUGGACGUUCCAGCUCCAGUACUAGAGGAACACAAGGAUCCCAUCACGGGUGGGAGAGAGACAGCUCGAGGCACUCAGACGCUCAGGACGGUCAGACCUCCAGAGGCAGACAUUCCGACGCCUCCCAUGGACACACCGGAUCUGGUGCUAGAGGAACACAUGGAUCCCAGGAAAGAGACAGCACAGGACACUCAUGGUCUCACGAGGGUCAGACCACCAGUGGCAGACAGACUGACUCCUCCCAUGGACGCUCCAGCUCCAGCACUAGAGGAACACAAGGAUCCCGUCACGGGUGGGACAGUUAUGCUCCACAAAGUAAGGAACGAGACAGCACAGGACACUGUACUGAGUCUGACUCCUCGCAAGAACACUCUGCAUCCAACACCAGAAGAACAGGGGGAUCUCAUCAUGAGCAGGAAAGAGACAGCUCCAGACAUGCGUGGUCCCGGGAGGGCCAGACCUCCAGCGGCAGACAGUCUGAACGCCUCCCGUGGACACACUGGAUCCGGCGCUAGAGGAGCACGUGGAUCCCAGGAAAGAGACAGCACAGGACACUCAGGGUCUCAUGAGGGUCAUACCUCCAGUGGCAGACAGACUGACUCCUCCCAUGGACAUCCUGGCUCCAGCACUAGAGGACAAGGAUCUUGUCACGGGUGGGACAGAGACAGCUCAAGGCACUCAAAUGCUCAGGAGGGUCAGACCUCCAGUGUUAGGCAGUCUGACUUGUCCCAAGGACAUUCAGGUAGCAGCACUGGAGGAAAGCGAGGAUCCCAGGGAAGAGAAGGCUCAAGGCACUCGGGGACUCAUGAGCGUCAGGCCUCCAUUGGUAGGCAGGCAGACUCCUCCAGGGGUCACUCCAGUUCCAACACUAGAGGCACACAUUCAUCCCGCCACGAGCAGGACACAGACAGCUCGAGACACUUCGGGUCGCAGGAGGGUCAGACCGCCACUGGUAGACACUCUGACUCCUCCCGUGGACGCUCCGGUUCUGGUUCGAGAGCAACACAGGAAUCCCACCGUAGACAGUCAGCAGACAGCUCCAGACACUCGGGCACUAGACGUGGACAAUCACCCUCUGCAUCCAGGACACACGGGCACCGGGGAUCCAGUAUUAGUCAGGCCAGUGACAGCGAAGGGCAAUCGGAAGGCUCGGGCAGACAAUCCACAGUGACCCAGGGAAGGUCUGGGUCCGCUUCAGGGAACCAGCGUGGUUCUACCCACGGCCAGUCAGGAGAAAGCACAAGGCACUCCGGGUCCCACCAAGGGCAGACGAGCACACACACGCAGUCUGACUCUGCUCGUGGACGCUCGGGAUCCAGCACAAGGGGAAGUCGAGGCAGCCGUCAGGAGCAGUCAGGAGACGGCUCCAGACACUCAGGAUCUGGAAAGGGACCAUCCUCAUCAGCAUCCAGUGAGCGCAGGCAUCGGGACUCCACCGUUAGUCAGACCAGCAACAGUGAAGGGCAGUCAGAAGACUCAGACGGUCAGUCAGUUUCAGCCCAUGGACAGACUCGGGGCACCCAGCGAGGCCAACGAACCAGCGACAGUGAAGGGCAGUCAGAAGACUCAGAUGCCUCCACAAGGGGAAGUCGAGGCAGCCGUCAGGAGCAGUCAGGAGACGGCUCCAGACACUCAGGAUCUGGAAAGGGACCAUCCUCAUCAGCAUCCAGUGAGCGCAGGCAUCGGGACUCCACCGUUAGUCAGACCAGCAACAGUGAAGGGCAGUCAGAAGACUCAGACGGUCAGUCAGUUUCAGCCCAUGGACAGACUCGGGGCACCCAGCGAGGCCAACGAGAGUCUGGACACGGCCGGUCCGGGGAGAGGACAGGACACUCAGGAUCCCACCUGUACCAGAUAUACCCUGAGGAACAGUCACAAUCUCCCCAAAGACAGUCCCGAUCAGGCACGAGAACAACACAAGGAUCCCACCACGAGCAGGCACCAGACAGCUCCAGGCAUUCGUGGUCUCAUGAAGGUCAGGCGGCCACUGCUGAUGAGUCUGACUCCUCGCAAGAACACUCUGCAUCCAACACCAGAAGAACAGGGGGACCCAGUCAUGGGCAGGAAAGAGACAGCUCCAGAC